UUUAGGUAAGUUUUGACAUACAUUAUUGUGAGUUGUGACUAAAUGGAGAACAACAAUAAUGUGAAUGACUCAAGUCCAAAGGGUUUGGUGAAUGAGCUUGUUGAAGGAAGAGAUUUAACUAAGGAGCUUCAGUUGAUUCUUAGCAAUGAGCCACGUUCAUCUACUAAUGAAGCAUAUGGUUUGAUGGCUAAGAAAAUAUUAGCCAAAUUUGAGAGUUCAAUACAGAUCUUGCACUGUGAUCCAAUGAACCAUUUUCAGUUUCAAAGAGCAACUGAUGAUUCUCCUAAUUCUUUUAGUGGAAGCCCCAAAAGUCAAGAUUCUGAUGGAGAUUUUAAAGAUCUAGACCACAAAGAUGAUUCCAAAAAGAGAAGGAUUUCCCCUCGAAUAACGCAUAGAGUGCAAGGUUCUACAAGCAGUGGGCUUGAAGGACCAAUUGAAGAUGGUUAUAAUUGGAGAAAAUAUGGACAAAAGGACAUUCUUGGAGCCAAAUUUCCAAGGGCAUAUUAUAGGUGUACUCAUAGACUUCUCCAAGGAUGUUUAGCCACAAAGCAAGUUCAAAGAAGUGAUGAUGACCCUAGCUUCUUUGAAGUUACAUACCGUGGAAAACACACUUGUUCUCAAGCAUCAUCAUCUUCUUCCCCUUCUUCAUACCCUAAUAACCUUAAACUAAAACUCGAACCCAUCGAAACCCUAGCCUAUCCUUCUCAAUCUCAAGAACCACAUAAAAUUAUAUGGGAUUUCAAAAGAGACAAUAAUACUAAUAUUGUCAAAGACAUCAAACCUAUCCUUACCAAUAAUACUAAUGUCAACAACCUUAAAUCUUCUUCCUUUUCCUUCCCUUCUUCGCCCGCUAUCCCAUUAUUCGAUAGGAGUACUCAUCACCAAACUUCCACUACAAUGCGCAAUUGUAGUGAUACUUUUGUUAUUGGUAAUGGUAACUUUUCAUAUACUUACCACAACAAUACUCACAAUAUUGAUCAUUCACAAGGUGCUUUACUUCAAGAGGUUGUUCAUCCAUCUUCUACUUCGGCUACUAAUUCCCCCGUUAUUGCAUCAGAGCUCUCAUUUGAUCAUCAAGGUGAAUUUGAUGAUGAUUUUAUUUUUGACAACCAACCUUUUUUUCAAUAACUAUUGCUUUUUUUGCACAUACAUUUUUUCCAAGGAGAAAGUGAAGAUAAAUGCUGCAUUUUUAAGGGAUGAAAUGAAUUUAUGUAGCUCUUUAGACUUAGCUUGUAGUAACCUAACAAGUGACAUCUAAUUAAUUCAAAUAGAGGUAUUCAUUUCUAGCUAGGUCCUUGGUAAUUAAGUUUGGUUAUUUGAUUUCUAACAAAUUGUUUUUGUCGUCUUUGCCCACAUUUAUUUUUUUGACAUUGUAAUUCAAAUAAUGAGCUCGUGAUGAUAUAUGUGUUCUUAAUAAAUGUACUCAUUCUUGUAACCUAACUAUAUAGCUAUGAAUUUAUCUAUUUAUUAUGGAAAUGA